AUGGGGGUGACAUAUCUCGAGCUUGCGGUUAAGUCAAAUCCUACAAUAAAACGUCACGCAACCGAUAUAGAUUCAGCAGCUCCGCCAUGCCAGGACUUGGUCCAUCCAAGAACAGGCAUUUCGGAUUGUCCUCAACGUAAACAUUUGUGCGAAAACCCUAUCUACCGCCAACUAAUGGCUGAGCAGUGCUCGUUGACGUGCAAUAAAUGUAAUCCUACACCUACACCGGCAGGACCAGCGCCAUGUAAGUUAAUAGUAGAAAAAUUGGAUUGA